CAAAAUUUAGAGGUUAGGCGUCGCAUCAUUUAGGUUGAGUUUUGGUUUCCUAUUGUUUUUUUAGUAGAUUAUGUAGUGUUUGUGAUAUAAAAUGAGUUCACCGACCAAAGAAACUGAGGAGCCGUCUUCGAGCCACGCUGGGAAUGCUGCGGGCAACAUCGGCGACGCGACCGCUGCUGAGCGACGACCGCCCGCCAAGCGGCAAAUACCCAGUACGGUGAUCGAAAUAUCCGACACGGACAGCGACGACUCGGACGUGUGCGCCGUCAACUCCUACCAGGCCUCUGCGGACGAAGUCAAACGAAUCCGAAGAGAGUAUUCGUCCACAUCAUGCUCAUCAGACUACAGUUCCGAUUCUGAAUCCUCGUGGGAGGAUGAUUCUAUAGUAAUUGAAGAUAAAAUAACAGGCAAAGCUGUGAGAGCACAGCUUAACCCAAGGGCAAACAGGAUGGACAAUCCAAAGUUAAAUUCUAAUUUAAAGUCACAAGAAGUGAUAGACAAAGUAAAAACAUAUUGGGAAGAGAAUAAAGACCACUCAAGUGCCGAAGUUACCUUGACGUGCAAGCCCUUCCGUCUAUGUCGACUGCAUGACUUGCUGGAGAACUCUGAGAUCAUUAACAACAUAGUAGAUGACAUGAACACCUUGGAUUGGUCACGGAAGAAGAUGGACCUGUAUGAGUUUCAUCAGACCACAGAUUUAGCUAAUUUGACAUGGCAGCGUAGUAUAAGAGGAAUUUACGAAUUAUUGAAGACUGAAGUGAUGAGUUUGGUGUCGCAGGUCACGGGCCUCGAGUUGUCGUCGGUGUCGGCGUCGUGCUCGCUGUACGGGCCCGGGGACCACUUGCUGGUGCACGACGACCGCCUGGGCGACCGGCGCGUGGCCUUCAUCCUGUACCUGGCGCCCUGGUCGCCGCGCGCGCCGCCGCCCGCGCUGCGCAACGGCGCGCCCGGCGCCGACGAGCCCGGCGACGUCGACUUGCAGGUGCGAGAGACCUCGGGCGACGGCUGGGCGCCCAACAUGGGAGGCGCGUUGGAGCUGUUCCAGUGCGACGACGAGGGCUGCCCGACGCGCGUGGCGCUGCGGGCCUUCCCCGCCAACAACACGCUGGCCUUCUUCGGCGUGGGGCCCCGCUCCUUCCACCAGGUGGGCGAGGUGCUGUCGCUGGAGCUGCCGCGGCUGUCCAUCAACGGCUGGUUCCACGGGCCCGCGCCGCCGGCCGCGCCGGCCGCCGCGCCGCCGCCCGCGCCGCUGGCGCCGCACGCGCAGGUGGUGCUGCUCAACCAGUGGCUGGCGGGCGCGUACCUCAGCCCGCGCGUGCGCGCGCAGGUGCAGGCGCAGAUGGAGCGCGCCAGCGAGGCCAGCCUGGGCGACGUGCUGCUGCCGGCGCGCGUGGCGCAGCUGCUGGCGGCGCUGCGGCUGGCGGACGUGGCGUGGGAGCGCUGCGGCCCGGCGCAGCAGCGGCGCUACGAGCGCGUGGCGGCCGCGUGGCUGGCGGCGGGCACGGACGCGCCGGAGCACGAGCACCCCGUGCGCGGCCUGCUGCGCGUGCUCAGCAGCGCCGCCUUCCUGCGCCUGCUGGCCGACUGCACCGACCUGCCGCUGGCGGCCUACCGCCGCCUCGAGCUGCAGCGCUGGCGCGCCGGCGACUUCACGCUGCUGCCGCCGCGCGAGCACUACGAGCGGCCGCGCCUGGAGGCCGUGCUGUACCUGGGCGUGCCGGAGCACCCCAUCUGCGGCGGCCAGACGCUGUUCGUGGCGCCCGAGGAGGCCGAGGCCGAGGCGGAGACCGCGCUCGUCACGCUGCCGCCGGCGCACAACUCGCUCAACCUGGUGUACUGCGACGCGGGCGCCGCCUGCUUCACCAAGUACCUGAGCAAGCUCACCAUGACGCCGCAGGAGCUCUUCUACAUCGUCACGUGCACCUACACCGAGUGAACCGCCGUGGGACUUGCGAUGCCACUACAUUGGUACCAUGUCGGUAAAAGCUUUAUCGUCUCACUCUGUUGGCAGAGAUAAUGCAGGAAACAUUCUUAUUACGAUGCAACACGAUACACCGCGUUACAGAGUAACUCACAAUAUGAAGGUCAAGGAAAGAUUCCAAUUAUACAAAGUUCUACUCGAUUUAUAGAAAUAAUAUACGAGUUGGUAACGCUAUUAUUAACCGCACCUACUGGACCAAUUUGACAGAUUUUAGAAAAUACUAUUUACAUCGAAAAAAUCGCAUGAUUCCCGCAAGAUUUCUAAUAAACGAAAUUUUACUUUUAUCCAAUAUUUGUAAUGACAUGAUGGUUCACGAGUUCCUGUUUGAGCGUGAACCUGUGUGUGUGUGAACUUCACAAUACAACUUUUUAGAGUAUUAACUGUAGAAUUUUAUCUAAAUAUAAAAUAAUAUAUAUAAAAAGUAUGCAAAAACACUUCACUGAUCAUCAUGACCAAAGAUGGUAGUAGUAGCACAGAAUACGCUGUUGCCCGCUCUCCCUUAUAUUCCCUUAGUCGCCUAGUACGACUCCCGCGGGAAGAGCAGUGGCGGUGGUGGAGUGAAGAGAACACACACGCUCAUGAGCACUCACACGUGUUUAAAUGCGAUUUCAAGUCAUUACGAUUAGUAAGGGUUGUCGAUGUUUUUAGGUUACUUUUAUAAUAUGAAGACUGAAAUAUCGUUGUUGGAAUUUACAAUUACUUCUCUAAAUCGAGUACAAGGGAUAAUGUUUACGGCUUGUCUCCUAGUAACCUUUGCAUACACAUUAAAUAUAAGUAUAACCCACUCGUGUGAAACAACCGGCCUCUUACUAUAGCUUAAAGCAGUAUUAUUUUAGUAUUGUUGAUGCUGCGGUUUCAGAUUUAAAACCUUACAAAAGCGAUGAAGUAUAGUAGGAAGCCCAAUAAUUUUCAGUUAUACAUACAAAACUGAUGUAAUCAGUUCAAAUAAUUAGCUUUAAAAAACCAUAACAGAAUAUAUAUCUAGAGCUAGUACAUCCUUUAUGCUGCCUAUAAAAUAUUAAAUUGUAGGUAGUUAUUUAAUAUAUGAGCUGCAUAAGAAGAGUUGAUAACUUUUUCUCUAUCAUCGGGCAUUGACUGUCACGUAUCUAACAACUCCAUUGACCUUGUACAACCCGGCUGUUUGCGUCGGGGGUAACUCAUAUCCCUGCUUAAGUAUCAAUACUAAUGGUAGGCACAGACUGGAAUCCGAGAGCCCCCACAAUGAAACUUGGCCUGCUCCCGUGCCCACCCUCACCACGCCUCGCGCCCCGUUGGAGUGCUAUUCAGCCGUGCACAGUAUUAUAAAACAAACAGUCUGAACGAAGCGAUGAUAGCCUAGUGGUUAGAACAUCGGCUUCACUUUCGGGGGUCGUAUUCGAAUCCAAUCCACGGUGCAUCGAGGGGAAGCCUGCAUGCCUGAGAUAUCUCCAUAUUCUGAGUAGGCCUUCUCCCUUUAACCCUUCUCAUUGGGGGUGGAGGCUCGUGUCCAAAUUUUAGUGAGUGUCGUUAAUGAAAAUUUAAAAGCCUCGCACGUGUGAGACGGCGUAAGUAGACUCACGAAGCAUUCUAGAAGUAAACUUUCGGUUAUGAAACUGGUUUAUUCAUUUUGAAACAUUGCUGAGUGAACCGUAUGAAUUGCGCCUGGACGCAGUGCAAUCGCGAAUAAUCUGAAUGAGUAGUUGCAACCAGAUGGUGACAGGGCCAUACUCAUCUCGCAUUAAGGCUUAAGGCUACUGAUUUACUAAUGACAUUACUAAAAAUUACUACCAACCAAAUAUUGUAUCGUCGAUGGUUAAGGCACUUAAAUAUUAAAAGACUAUUUUAGUCGUAUGGUCGAAAUCUAUCUAUCUUACUCAUAUUUAAGGUAUCUUAAAGGUAACUUGAAGAUACCUUAAAUAUGACCCGCACCAAUAUUUAUUUCGCAUCCUGUGGUUAGGACUGUUUGUACAUUUGUAAACGAGAACUAUGAAAUACAAUAAUAUAAUGCAAAAUUACUUAAUAAUAUUUUUGUAUAAUAAGUUUUAUAACAAUGAAUUGUACAAUAAUUAGGGUCAUAUUGUAGCAUAGCGUAAUUGGUUCUAUAGUGUCGGCGGAGCGUGGAUAAAACCGAAUAGAUAACCUAUUUUUAUUACAAUCUAUCUUCACCACAAACUCUCUUUUAUCCCAAACUCUCUUUACCACAAACUCUACCACAAAAAUCGCUGAAGAAAAAUGUUUCAGUACACAUUUGGACGGACAAUGCUUCCUUCAUUUAAAAAAAGGGAUGGUUUAACUAUAAAGGGAUUAUCGAUUUAUAAUAAAACUGAUUACCUAUUAGGGUGUAGUACCUGGUUAAGUCACUCUGACCGUGAUCUUAAUUAGUAAAAAGGUGAGAGACCAACUCAGUAAAUUGAAUCUUCCCCCCCUAACCUUGGAGACUUCGUAAAUUGAGUUGAUCCCGACUAUUACUCCUGCAAUCAGGUAAUAGAUUACCAAGAUUUAAGGUAACACGAUCUCAUUGGAUUGUUGGUUUGAAGUUAGGUCUCCGAGAUGUUCGCGUCUGGACAAUGUGUUACCGUUGAAUCCCUAACAACAGUAUCUGCGCAGCCACGCGUACCUACCGGACCACCUAAUCGCCUGACGAGCAGAUACACGAAGCGACAGAGCAAUAGAAACCAUUCUUCUUUGUCGAAGUAUCGUCCUUUCCAAAGGGUAGAGGAGAAACUACAAACAAACACACCUGCCUUUUAAAUUAAAUAAAUUUUAAUUGAUUCUUAUUUAUCCAAAUGAAACUCUUGAACUUUUCGACACUUAGUGGCCUAGGCGUUGCAUAAUAACAUAUAACACAGACGUAGAGUUACAUGCUGAUACAUAAACUAUACCUAUACUUUGCACGUUAAGCGAUAAGUGACUGUGAUAUAAUAUAGAAGUUUUAAUCAUAAUGAUUUAUAACUGAUGGUUGCACACCUUUAUUUUUCCCACGGUACCUAUUUAAGAUCUACGUACAAUUUUCUGAACCCAAUUCUACUUAUUUAUGGGUAAUCUACGUAAUAAAUAUUUCCAAAUAUCUACUUGAAUAAUUUUCUGCAUGUAGGUAUAAGGCUGCUGAUAAACUGACAAAACGUCGCGUGUGUGUACAUACUUAAGAAGUAAUGCUUCUUUGGUGAUAAUGACAUGCAAUUUUUAAUCAUUCAAAUUCUUCAGUUCAAUUGAGUUAGACAAAACACGAUCACGAACAAAUACACAACUCCUAUCUCGGAAGUACCAGUGGUGUCGAUCACUCAAAUUAAAAGUCUUACAUUGAUCUCUUCGGUAGCAUUGCUCAGCUGAACAUAUUUAAUUUGACCGCAUAUUCUCUUACAUUAGGAAAAAUUCAAUCUCAUCUGAUUUUCAUAACGCGCCAAAAGAAGUAUAACUUCAAAAUUUGUGUUCGGUUAAUGCUAUUGCUCAAAUAAUCAUAAAGCUUAUUAAGAGGUAGUAUUCAGAACUCACAGACACUACAGGAACAUGUAUUUGUAUACAUUCCAGCAAACGGCCCAGCUGGCGUGAGAGUUGACACUAUUAUAUUAGUGCAGUACCCAUCGUGGUACCCUCUGUACAGCCAUCAUACAGCUGUUAUGAAAUUUUAAAUUUUAUUGUUAACUUCUUGAGGCAGUUGGGAUCGCUGGUCGUAUUCUACUACCCAGACGACUGGACUGACUGUAGAAGUGGAGAUACUGGUCGGCCAUACACCGACUAAACACGCGUGAGUCGAACUGUUGUGUAAUUGAAUUUGCAGUAAAAAAUUGCUGCAAAAAUAUUAAGCGCAUCGUUCGUUACUUUAGUAGCAAAAAGUAUGCUAUUAAUACAUGAAUUAGUAAAGUUGCCGAUUGUGCGAGCCGUAUCAGUGUGUGUGUCAUAAAACGUACCUAAUGUUUUUCGUAUUUUAAGAACUUUUUAGAAGAGGCUCCUUCUAAGAUAGGUCCCUUAUGGUAUGCCUCGAUAUGCCUCAAAGUUUGGUGUCUGUCCUGGAUUGUCUCCGCCAAGUUGUUUUCAAAGAAUCUGCUCUAAAGAAGUUCUUAUAAUAUGAUCCUAUUAAUUCGAUUGUGUAAAUAGAGUACAUUUUAUACAGUAUAAGGGCACGUUUCGACUGAAUCGUAGAUGAGUGGAACGGUUUAUCACUUCUCUCUAUAGUCUAAUUGCAUUACAUUGCACGUCUCGUCUCCGCGCCAGUGGAAACGCACCCUUAGAUAGCGUAUCAAUGUUGGAUACAAUUAGUGUUUAUUUUGGCACGUUAACUGACUACUAUUUAUUUUUGUUUGUUUCUAAUUGCGUGUUAUAACAACAUGCGGCUCAAAGACUGCUCUUAGUCUGCUGCCGUGUGCGCGGGCGGCAGUGGCUCGGCUAGCUCUUAGUAAUGGCACAAGUUACUUGCUGUACAUACGCUUACAUUUUUUAUUUUAUUUGCGAAGUAGUUAAGGGCGUUCCAUGCAGAUUCAUCCGCGGUACAAGCAUAUUAUAGGUUGUAAAAAGACUGUAUUUGGAACUGCAAAAGAGUUCCAAGUCACAGUUUGGCUGCAGCCUGGCAUUCAAACUGCAAUUUUGUAACUGUUUUCCUUUUGUUUUGGCCGGAUUUGGAUUGGAUUGUGGAGUGACGGCUACAACGACUACGACGCUUUCUGAUUGGCUGCCACUAGUCUUAGCUCAACAAUAGCGAUGGUCACAAGUUGCGACUCACGGGCUCCCAUUGGAGCGGCGUCGCACCGCAGCAGCCACUGCCGCGCGAGCGAGGCUCGUGAGUGUCACGAGGUCACUUGUGUUUGUGUUCUCAGUGCGCCCGCUGGCGACGUGAAUUAUAAUUUUGUACAUAUUGCAACUGACUCCUUAAAUAAAUUAUAAGAAAU